GAUGGACGCGCGGUGCCCCACUCCCCAUCCCGAGGGCUGCACACCUCCGAUCAUCCCCACCAGAAUCGCCGAUACACCACGCGGUCGUGUGUCGUCCCUGCGUCCUCCCGCACACGACAUACGUCGGCCGCCACGCGACCAGUGCACACGCACAUCCUGCAGCAGCAGCAGCAGCAGCAGCAGCAGAAGCACAACGGCAGCCAAACAGCGGCGACAGCCAACGGCCGAGAGUGCGUCCAAGCCCGGCCGCGCGCUUCUUCCUCCACGAGCGCGCACGCGACCGCGAGCGGCGUCGCGGGUAGCCGCGGCACGUGGGCGCUGAUAAACUCCCGCCGCAAGAGACAAGUGCUCCGCCGAAGGACCGAGUGCUCCUUUCGCCGUCCCGCCCGCCGCGCGGCACUGACCUUCCGCAAGAGGUGACGAGGUCGCGCGCGCUACCUUCAAUCGUCCGUGAAGAAAUUACCUCCGAGUUCGGGGCCCUCCGGAUUCGGAUUUUUUCCCCCCGCAAUUCGGAAACCCCGUUACGCGAGUUAAUUACGAGUUUCGCUUUUUUUUAUUUGUGUAUGGAACCACUGCCAGACGUCCAGCAACAAGACAUCGUCCAGGAUUUUGUGAGUCGUGUAAGCCCUCGUGUUCUUCAAUCACGAUUACUCGAUGGGACAUUUGGAUUAUAGACAAUAGACCUGGUGAAGACGGAAUGAUUUUUAAUCUGAAUCUGAAGGAAUUCUACGGAUCUUUGUGUAAGAACAGUGUUUGAACUUUAAACGGAUAAAAGAAAACCAAGCGACGUGGCAUCAUGUUCAUCCGAUGACAACGGUGUCAUUCGCGAGUUACAGUUGUCAGUGUCGCUCGAUCGCGACACUUCCGUCACCUGCUGCAGCGACCGAUUGACACGGUCGAUGUUUAUCGAGGGCUGCUAACGGUCAUUCUUCAUCGUCAUUUCGACCGCGAUGUGUCCGCUGCAAUGACAUCUUCCCCGUGCAUCGUUAUGGCAACAACGUGUCGCAUCGGGCGGUAGCGUACGUCAUAGUCGUCGACUCUGAGCAUCUUCACGAGCCCUCGAACCGGGCUUGAUUAUCGAUCGCGUCGAUCCAUUCCUCGUUGAGUCCUCCCUCCUUCACGGACGCAACAUGUGGCGGGUGGUGGUCGCGCGCUCCGACGACAACAGCACUCUGCUGUCCUCCGAGAUCACUUCCGGCGCGGUCGCGCCCGGUCACCUGUCGACGCUGCCGGCGCCGCCGUCGGGUCACCAUUGGGGCUACCCGCCGCCGCCGCAUCAUCCGCCGUAUCAGCCGCCCCCGCAGCACCCGGACAUGCGUCACCAUCACGACAUGCGUCCGCCCGUCACUCACGGCGAGCUCCGACACGCUGCGAUUGCGACCCCCGGCGACCUGAGGAGUCAGGAGCUGGCGCGACACGAGAUGCAGCGACCGGACCUGCGACACUCGACGGAGAUGCAGAGGCAUCAGGAGGUGCAGAGGCACCAGGAGCUGUCGAGGCACGACAUCGCCAGGCAUCAGGACAUCCGGCACCAGGACAUACCGGGCAUGAGGCCGGAGUUGUCGGAGCUCCGCUCCAAUCAUGAGUUUCUGGAGCUGAAGAUCGACACGGAGUUGAGGAGUCAGGAUAAUGGCCAGCAACAACAACAGCAACAACAGCAGCAGCAGCAGCAGCAGCAACAACAGCAGCAGCAACAGUCGCAGCAAAAUCAGGGACACCAGCAAAGAAAUCUGAAGAGAGCCAUGAGCGACUCGGACUGCGACGAUGUGUUCUCGGAGGAAAGCGGCAAAGAGCCAUGCAACUCGCCCGGCGGAGACUCAUGCCAGCACGCGUCGCGCAAACGCAGGAGGGGGAUGAUCGAGAAGAAGCGGCGCGACAGGAUCAACGCGUCCCUCGGCGAGCUGAGGAGAUUGGUCCCGGCGGCAGCGCGGGAUCCGCACAGCGGAAAGCUGGAGAAGGCCGAGAUUCUGCAGCUCACCGUCGAGCAUCUGCGCACGCUUCGCAGCAAGGGGCCGGAGGGUUACGACAGCACGAAGCUGGCCAUGGAUUAUCACGCUGUAGGCUGGGGCGAGUGCGCCGCCGAGGUCGGCCGCUACCUGGUGACCAUGGAGGGUCUGGACGAGAGGGAUCCCCUACGGUUGCGCCUGCUGUCGCACCUGCAGAGCUUCCACCGCGAGCACCCGCCGUCAGCCGUGUCCACGGCGAUGCCCGCGGCUCCCACGACGUUGACGUCCACUUCCACUGCCAGCAGCUACGAGCCACCGCCGAGCACGGUGUCCGCCGGGAUGCCGCCUGGCCCGGGUGCCAUGCCGCCGCUUCUGGGCGGCGGCACCCUCGGUUGGGGUCAGUACCCGGGUCAGUAUCCCCAGCAGCAGCACGGGAAACCCUAUCGACCCUGGGGUGCGGAACUUGCGUACUGACCGUGAACUCUUGACGCGCAAUCGACGAAGGUUUGGCGCAAGGGUGAUACAAUUUUGGACGUGACAAACAUAAUUUUAUACAAUUUUUUAAAAAUAAAAUAUGUAAGAUACGCGCCUCUCUAAACGCUCUUUGUAUAUAUAUGUGUUCUUCCACGGAGAAGAAUGUAAAUUGUAUCACUUUUUGUGCCGACCUUUUCAUUUAUAAGACUUAAUUACGACGAUACAUUCGCGCUCAUGUUAACAAUCCGGGAAAAAAAUUCGUAUCAAAAUAGAUCAAAUUAUAUCAGAGCAGAUCUAAUUUUAUCGGCUUGUAAAAUUACAUCUGUUCUAAUAUAAUUUCAUGUAUAAUUGGAUCCAAAUUUUUUUCCGAAAUGUAAGUUUUUUUUUUCCCCCCCGAGAAUUGUUAAUGUUGUAAAUUAUACAGUUUGUAAUAUUUACGAUUAGCGGAAUGAAACAAGAGUAACAUGAGCCGCGAAUUUUGCAGCUUCCAUGUACAUACGAUAUACAUUUUGUACAAUGUUUUGAUACUUGGAACGUAUCUCAGGAACUUCCACAAUGAUCGAAUCUAUGUAUAUCAAUAUAUUUUCAAUGAGUGAGAUAAUGAUAGUCAUACGGGUACCUAACCGAAAAAAAAAAAAUAUUUAUUGAUAGGGAAAGAAUUGUAUAUACAAAUUGUACAUACGUUUUUUUGUAAAUAAUAAGACUUCGUAAUUCUAUCGGAUAUCUCGUAACCGGCGACACUCUGUAACCGGGGUUUUUUCUCCUUCACGCGUCGCCUCGUUCGUCACACUCGCGCUUGUCGCGUAGUGAUAAACGAUUGCGCGAGCGUGUAAAGUCCAGCGCCAAUAAAAAAGGGACGGAAAAAGGAAAAGAAUACGUCGCCGUCAUACGCAUUUGCAACCGUGCCAUUUACGCAUCUCAGUGUAUUCCGUGUGUGGGAGAAAUCCAAGUAUUUUUGCAAUACGAUUUUGUAAUAAAGGAAGGAAAAACACGAGGAGUAUACAAAUAUAGAAUCUUGUCGCUUGUGAUUUCCCCUUUUGCAUUUUUCCCCCGAGUUUUCCAAUAACGCGUUCCCGAGAAUCGAAAUGCACGCGAGUCAUAGGAAACCAAAAAUAUAUGUGAUCUAGGAAAUCUCAGCAUUCUCGUUACGCAAUCGCGUAGUUCCUGGAGAGACGCAAGAAAUCAGAGUCCUUCAUCGAUCAUUCGUGAAAUCACUAAACACUCGAUAUCGCCCAAACAUUCUUGAUGUUUACACGAUUCUACUUAUUACGAAAUCUGUUUACGAUUUUUGUGAUCGGAAGCGCCAGUGGCCGAAUUGGCGGAAAGCACGACAAAAACAAACGGUAGCAGUCGUCUUCUGAUUGCGAUUAUUUCAGCUUUUAUCGUCGAUAUUCUUGCAAAAAAAGAAUAUUUUUGUUUUGGGAAUAUCUUUAUUUUCAAAAUGAUAAAUGCUGAGAUAAGAUUAUGUAGCAUUAAACAGACGUAAUUUUUGUUUACACAAAAAAUUUUACGUAAGUAGUUUCAUUCAGAAAAAUGUAUUCUCAAUAAUUAGUAAUAAUUUUUAUGAGUUGAGAAGAAAGAAUAUCGAAUUGAAAAUAUCUUUAAAUCGGGAAUUACAAUUUUUAAUAAUAUUAUAAAUAAUCAUAUCGCACUUUAUAGGUGAUUUAUAAUAUUAAAAUAAAAAUAUAAUGUUUUGCUGAAAUUUGAGAUUAUCGAAUUUUUUCAAGAAGACUAGAUUAUAUGUAUAUAAACACGAUUAUCAUCGUUUCAUGUACUACAAGCAAAAAUUUAUACUUAUUUGACAUAUUUUUUGUGUGACAUCCGAGAUGAUCGGAGUGUCGCUAAUGUUACGCGAACGAAAGCAGAAAAUACAUUUCGAUCGAAGUCUAAUACGCGACUGCGGUUUCACCGGAAUUAACGGCUCUCUUUGACAUUUAUCGUACCUCCUUCCAUUUUUGUUUCAAAUACGGAUAAACUUUUAAGCACGUCCUUAAAAAAAAUAUAUAUAUAUAUAUACGCAUUUCGCGUCCGCUUCAGAAAGUCGAAGAAAAUGAUAGUCGCGGAUUCAUUAAUAUUACUACGAGGAAAAGGAAAUAACUUCGGACCAUGUAAUGUCGUAAUAUUUCGCAUCGCCGUGUCAUACGUGACAAACGAGCGAGCUUUGUGCGUUUUUCCCCUCAAGCGAAAUUGUGGGCGAGAAUUUACGCUUUCGGGGAAGAAGAGAAGGAGGAAGGGGCGAAGAACACGCUGCCGCUGCGCAAACCUUUUCUCAUGCAAAACUCUUUCGCAGAUGCGGAAUAUUCUCGGACACGUAGAACAAUGCGGAACAAUCCUUCCCGUUCGCAUUAUAUCCGCAAACCAGUUUUGCAACUCAUUAGCACCGCGACACGGUUUGCGUGUGCGCCCGCGCGCAUCUCUCUCCUCCUCCUCCUCCCUUUUUUUCUCUCCUUUUUUAACGAACUCCAAUGAUUAGCGGCUACUUUUGUUCUUUAGACGGCGCAGCGUCGACAAAACCCAAUUUUCGGGAAUUACUGAUAUUGCGCUGCCACGUGCGCCCCCAUUGUCCGGAGCGUGCUCGUUACGUACGCGGCGCGAUCCGCCUGUGGGUCGCACGCGCGCAUAAUCGCACGAAAAAAAACGCGUCCGCCCGGUCGCCUGUCAAAACUUGACGCCGCUCGUGGUUGGACGUGGAACGAUCGUCUUCUCAGUGUCAGUAGUGCGAGCUGCUCGACCUACAUUAAAAUUGCGGGCGACGCCACUUUAGAGGCGCGAUCGCGAGGAAAGCGAUAUAAUUACGAGGGUAUAUGCAGAGCGAGUGGUUUAUUCAGGAAACCGUAGCGUCGAGUUUCUCCUAAGAAUCGUAAGAUGUAAUUAAAUUUCUAAGUGAUUUUCGAAGAAACUUCUUGAGGGACUCUCAAGAGGCUUUCUUUAAGAGACCUUUAAAGGAAUCUUCGAUUUAACCUUAAAAUGCUUCUUAUACUUUUUUUUUUACAUUAAUAAGACCCUGGAUAAAAAUUCUACUGCAUAAUUAAGAUUAGUUCUUAGAUUUGUUUUCAGAUUUCAAAAAAUCAAUUUUUUUGACAUUUUUUAAUAGUACAGAUCUUGAAUGUGAAUUUUCAGUCAAACAAGAACUACAUUUAUAUAAAUUAGGAAUUUUAAUUUUCUAUUUUUGACAAUUAAUGCAUCGAGGAAUUUCACGACCAACAAGCCAAUAUCUUUUUUAAUACGUCCGUACAAAUUUGCAAGAAAUAUCCUUUCUAAUGUUUGAAAAAAUUUAUAAAGAACAUUCAAACAUCAACUGCACCAAGUUUCAAGUUUAUAGUUAUUACACUUCUUUCAAAAAGAUCUUAAAAGAAAAUAUAAAAAAUAGUACUAAAGGCGAGAAGCUAUUAGAAUUUUAAUCACAAAAACUGUAAUAUAAACUUGAAUUGAUCCAUUUGAAUGAAGAUUCACCCAGAAUAGCACUUUAGGACUAAACGGAACUCUAUAAUACCGUUGAGGAUUAAGAGAUAUAAGGAAAUUUAUGGCUCCGAAUUUCAAUUGCACGUUAAAACCCGAUAUCAAAAAGGGAAAAUCGUUAUCAAGUCCCUAGCGGUAUAAGUACAGACUAUUGUUACCCCAAGACAUUUGCGAAAGUGGGGCAGCGUGUCGUUAAAACGUUAUUAGAAGCAACGUGGAAUUACAUAGACGAUACUAUAAGUUAGCCGUAGCGAGGCACGUAUAACCGACUCUUAUUACAUGUUUCUCCAGCGUGAUCGUUAUACCGCCAGUAAUGAGAAAAUCGCCCGGGAUCGAUAUCCAUUACCAAUUCAAACGAAGGACUCUCCGGUGUAUCUUGCGAUACAUAUUGUGGCGCACACAUGUGUAACACCUUUACCGCGCGUCGUGCCGAUCAAUGAAGGCCUACGAUGUGAUGAUAUGGGAGGGAGGGUUCAUGGGAACACGUCCGGAAUUGUCAAUAAAACCAUUUUUAUUUACGACACUCACAUCCGCUUUACAAAGUCACAGCCUUAUCGAGACGAUAAAGUAUAUCAACACGCAUCAUCCAUAUUGUACAUCCAUAUUUUUUAAUAAUUCCUCUUUGUAUAUAUAUAAAUUCUGCAUCUAUACAUAUAGAUUGUAAGUCAUUAAAGCUCUUCUUUUCUUUUCUUUUUUUAUUUUCUUCUUCUUCCUUUUACAAAUCAACCCGGUAGGAAGAAUGGAAACGUAUCUCGAUACUUUUUGGGUGAAGAUUGACUUUUGCGCGCCUUGAGCAAAGGUGCCGGAAACGAUCGGAAAUAGAAGAACUCGGUACGAGUGAUCAGGCCGGUGCGACUUAUUGCAUAAGUAUACCCUCGAUAUUCGGCGAAACGUAAAUACUCAAAAUAAAUCUUACGUAAGAGGAUCGUUCGUAGAAUCGUUUUAGAAUUAUAAAAAUGGCUCGUGUUUUUUAGGUAAAUGCGCGGCUCUCCCCCUUCGGAAUUGAAAACUCCAACAAGUUUAAUACCCUGUAUCGAGGGUCGGUUGUAUCGGCUGACUAAUAUAACGGAUGCACCUCGACCGCGCGAAAUGUAUCGAACAUCUAGGACAAUUAUACAAGUAAAAGUGACACUGCGUGAAUCGAAAAAGUCGAAAACUUUUUGUUUCUUAGAAAUCUCAUCUGUGCCCCGGAUAAAUAGCGGGGAGGAGGGAGGGGGGGCAUAUAAUCGAGGUGUGCCCUACUCGAUCGAAUCUCUGACAUUUUGAUUCGUAUAAAGCCCCGGGUGCCGCGGACAGACAAAUGCGUCGGUGUGUGGUUAAGUGAAAGAAGUGGGUGGAAUUUCAAUUUUCCCCCCGGUUCCUAUCCUAAAUAUCGUGAUUGUUCAAUUCUAAUCGCUAGUUUAAUCGCUCGAGAAAUCUCUCUCCUCGGGGUUCACAAUUAGAGAUAUAUAGUAUAUAUAUAUAAAUUAUCUGGACAGUAAAGUGUCCCGCCGCGUGCUGGUGCGUGUCUGGGACAUCCGUACUCGCGGACGGGCUCGCGAGAGUAAUUGGUCACCUAAAAAAAAAAAAAAAAAA